AUGGGGAACUAUUUCUCCUCCCGGGACAAGGACGAGUGGAAGAGCGACGUGCCACACGCGACGCAGACGGGCACGUUUUGUGUGGUAUGUGGCGGCCCAUUCGACCUCGAAGGCGAGGUUUCCAACAUGGACCCUAAAGACCCAAAAUUCGAGUGGCUCUAUCACCUUCGUCUCGUUGGUAGAGUCGAAGACGUUGAACACCAUGUAGUAGCAAGUACAGGAUACUCACUGAACAACCUAUCCGACCUACCAGAAGUCUUUCUCUCGGAGCCUGCUUCCUUCAGGCUCACUGGGUCUGGAUACUUCCACAUUGGCGGACCGAAUGGGCAAGAUGACGUCUGGGUCGACGCGCUUUAUUAUGCACCCGACCAUGGCACCUUGUUUCCGUUGCACGAUGUCUGCUUAGCAACAAGCUGCAGAGCUAUAGAGCAUCAUCAGUCUAGAAAAGAGGAUUACAAUAGAAAACCUGCUCUGGAAAUAUUGGCUGGUUUACUAAGUACUAGCUUCAUACAACGACAGCAGCAGGAUGGAUCAGAUGGUACAGUGAAAGAUAUUUUCCACCUUUCUACUUCCUGUAGCACAUAUGGUCCCAGGAGCGUUCUUGCUUUGAGCGGGCUAGAUCAUUGGGAUGGCGGCUAUGAAAAGUUUUACACAAAUCCAAUCGAGCAGGCUGAUACCAAUGCUUUCGUGCAAAGAAUCCUAGAAAGCUCGCCGCGCACCAAAAGCGAGUCCAAAUUCGUCCAGAUACCAUCCCGCACACAUCGGGAAAUCGAAUGUCUCCCGAAAGAGCUUCUGGAUGUCGUCUGCAGCUACCUGCCGGUCCCAUCAGUCAUAGCAUUACACCAAACUUCCAAACUGCUCGCAUUGCAGAUCCCGCUUGAUGCAAAUUUCUGGCAGAACACUCUUGGUGAUGGAAGUCUGCAUCCACAUAUCUGGGAUCUGGAUACGAAGUGUAUCGAGAAACAAUUACCACGACCAGAGGUGACGCCUUUCGAUCCCAUGACUGCUUGGGAUUGGAGGAGUGUGGCCAAGCUUCUCGCAACGAAGCACUUCCCAAUAAAUGGGUGUGACGACCGCUUGGUCGACAUGCCCGACGGCUUCUGGAAUCGAUGCAGGAUUUGGGCCAUUGUUGAGGAAGUAUUACGGGAAGGUGUUUUCGGAUGA